ACGACCAUUUAAGAGUGGUCACGUGACCACAGACGUACACGUCACGACGUUUUACUGUCGUAAAAUGCAUCGGAAUACGGCAAUAACAGUUCGAAGGGGUAACAUGUGCAAAAAAGAUGUCGGCUGUAUGGACUUUUUUCACCAUUGACGAAAAUGAUACCGCAAUUGCAAACUGCAACACGUGCAAGAUGAAAGUUUCGAGGGGGGGUAAGGAAAAGGCUGCUUUUAACACGACAAAUCUGAUCCGACAUCUAAAAAACAAACAUCCGCAACGUUACACGGAGUUCGCUAAGUCAUCACAGCCACCCAGAACAACACAGCCCACGCUACUUCAGACACUCAAGAAAAAAGAGAAAAUGCCGCGCGAUGGUGAGAAGGCUCAAGCCAUAAUAUCCAAGAUUUCCCAGAUGAUUGCGAUAAGUGACCAACCAUUCGCCUUCGUAGACAACCCGGGGCUCAUCAUGUUACUGGACUUCUUGGAGCCCCGUUUUGAGAUGCCGUCUCGUCACUAUUUCACGGAGAAAGCUCUGCCAGCGCUGCAAAAGAAAGUUAAGGACAAACUUCUGGGCUUGCUAAAGGACGUGCCUUUUAUUUCGUUCACCACAGACAUUUGGAGUUCGUCUGUUGCUCCAAUGUCGCUGUUAAGCCUCACCGCUCAGUGGGUGGAUUCUGCUUUUGUUUUGCGCCAUGCGACCCUGCACGCACAGGAGUUUCGAGGAUCCCACACAGCUGAACGAAUCAAAGAGGCUGUGGAGAAAAUGCUCACGAACUGGGGCAUUGACAAACAACGAGUCCACGUCAUUUUGCGGGACAAUGCAGCAAACAUGAAAAGAGCCAUGAGUGAGAUGGGAGUACGGAGUGCAGGUUGUGUCGCGCACUUAUGUCAACUUUGCGUGCACGAAGGUGUACUUGCUCAACGUAGCGUCACAGACACCCUGGCCAUUGCGAGGAAGAUAGUGGGACACUUUAAACAUUCCCCUCUGGCAUACUCACGGCUUGAAGACAUCCAGACAGAGUUAAACAUGGAUAUUAAGCGCCUGCAACAAGAUGUCCAGACUAGAUGGAACAGUAGCCUCUACAUGCUACAGAGCCUAAUGGAACAAAAAUGGCCUCUCAGCGUUUAUUCCACUGAACGCACACUACCAGCUGUUCUGACAGCUUACCAGUGGGAUCUGAUGAAGAAAGUUGCAGAUGUGCUCUCCUCCUUUGAGGAGCUCACAAGGGAGCUUCCUCACAAAUCAGCUAACCUGACCCUGGCAAAGGAACAUCUCAUCCAGGAGCUGGUGAACAAAGAGGAAAAAGCCAGGGCUGUUGUUUCAGAGGCAGCUGCCGGCCCUGACACCAAAGCACCACGGCUUGAGACCAAAACCUUCUGCAAAUACAACAACAACAAACCAUGGUUCACUGCUAAACUGAGGCGACUUCGUCAGGACGAGGCCUACGGGAGAGGGGAUCGGGACCUGUAG